UUUUCCGUUCCUGUCUGGAGAAAUGAGAACAUUCUCAGCAGCCGAUUACGCCGUACUGGUAGCUGUGCUGGUUAUUUUGACUGCCAUCGGACUAUACUACAGAUACACUGGGGGACGCCAAUCUUCUACUGAGGAGUACCUCCUAGGAGAUCGCAGGCAGUCUGUGCUGCCAGUAGCAUUAUCACUGGCUGCCAGCCACAUGUCCGGUAUUGCCAUCCUCGGAACUCCCGCAGAAGUGUAUUUCCGAGGUGCUAUCUUCUUUGUGGCAAACCUUUCACUUAUUAUCGUCAUCCCCAUCACAGUUCAUCUUUUCCUGCCUGUCUUCUUCAAGGUGGGAUCCUCUUCAACUUAUGAGUACCUGUAUCUGAGGUUUGGUGGACGUGUGCGUACUCUAGCCUCUAUCACAUACCCAGUACAGAGUGUGAUGUUCAUGGCCGUCGUACUUUACGCUCCGUCUCUUGCGCUGGAGACUCUCUCUGGAAUCCCGAUCCUCUGGUCUAUCAUCAUCGUCGGUUCUGUCUGCACCUUUUACUCCACCAUUGGAGGAAUCAAAGCUGUCAUAAUGACUGAUGUCUUCCAGUUUAUGUUAUCCACUUUGGCUGUAUUAUCCAUAAUUUUCUCAGAGUACUUGGAUAAAGGAAGCUUCACUAACAUUUUGAAAAUCGCAUCAGAAGGUGGACGGCUAAACUUUUCAAAUUUCAGUCUAGACCCAACUGAACGCCACACCUGGUGGUCUCUUCUGAUCGGAGGAACAUUCACCUACUUGGGCUCCUACGGGAUUCAUCAAGCUCAGGUCCAAAGAUAUCUUACCCUCAAAGACUACGAGACAGCCAGGAAGACUGUCUACGUUUCUUGGCUGAUAACGUCGGCAUUCUCAUUCUCACUGUCUUUUGCUGGACUCUGCCUCUACUCAAGAUAUCAUCUGUGUGAUCCUCUUGCGGCAGGAUCCAUAGCCAGUCAAGACCAGCUGGUGCCAUUCUUUGUUGUGGAUGUACUGGACAUGUGGCCGGGCAUGUCAGGUCUCGUUAUGGCUGGAGUGUUCUCCGCUUCUCUUAGCAGUAUCUCCGCAACACUCAACUCUCUAGCUAACAUCUCCGUACACGACUUCAUCAAGCCACUCUACUCCAGUUACACACAUGCAUCACUGACUGACAGCCAAGUGUUGGUGUUAUCUAAGCUACUUGCCUGUGUAUGUGGAGGACUCCUGAUUGUGAUGGCAUAUCUCGCCCAUUUCCUGGCGGGGAUACUCCAAGUGGGGCUCACACUGACGGGGCUUGUCGGGGGCCCGAUGGUGGCAACAUUCACACUGGGCAUGUUCGUGCCAGUUGCUAACGAAGCGGGAGCUUUAGCAUCUCUGGUGUCUGGACUGUCUUUGUCUUUAUGGCUCAACUUCGGAGGCAAAAGACCUCCUGUUGUAAACCUUCCUAGCUCCAUCAUCGGAUGUUCUAACUCCACACUGUUCACACCACCUAGCUCUCAAACCACAUUGUUAAGACCAGAACAGUAUUUCUACGUGCGCCGUUUAAGCUACUGGUGGAAUGUUGUUCUUUCAAGUCUGCUAUCAUUCUUCAUGGGACUGAUAGUGAGCUUAUUGACUGAUUACUUACAAAAGAACAACACAGAACAGCUGAAGAAAAAUCAACAACGAAGAGAAAACCUUGUUAUGUAUGGUAAAAAUAAAAAAGACGAUACUUAGCUCAUUUCUCUCAAUCGGCUUGU